GAGAGAGAGAGAGAGACACGAGAGUGGUAUUACAAUUUACAACUCAACUGACACUGCCGGGGAAGGAAGGGCUCUCUCUUUUUGUCCCUCUGGGGUUUUCUAGAUAGGGUUUCCGCUUACAAUUUGUCGAGUUUCGGAUUUGAUUUCUGUGGUUCAUCUGAGAUUUCAGUCCAGUGAGAAUAGCUUCGUUGUUUUGGUUCCCCCAAAUCUACUCACUGUCUGUCCAGUUCGAGAAAAAUUCUCCUGUUCGUUUGAUGGGGAUCUUCUUUCUGGGGAAAUAAGACUCAGUGGCAUGGGAAAAUCUUCUUUUAAGGAUUCACUCAAAGCUCUUGAAGCUGACAUCCAACACGCCAACACUCUUGCCUUGGAUUAUCCGAGGGAGAAGGAUGGAGCUCGCGUUCAGAUGAGAUUGUCAUACAGCCCAGCUGCCCAAUUCUUUCUGUUCCUUGUUCAAUGGACUGAUUGUCACCUUGCUGGCGCCUUUGGCUUGCUCCGGAUUCUCAUUUACAUGGUGAGUGAGAUCCUCUUUCCACAUUCUGCAGGCAAUCAUUGAUUUACUGCCUCAGGCAGAUGCGGUUAUGAUCUUAUCCGACGUGCAUUCAGACCUAUGCUGAUGGGAAGACCACUAUGUCUGUUUACGAAAGAAGAGCCAGCCUCAAAGAGUUCUACGGAGUGAUAUUUCCUUCGUUGUUGCAACUUCAGAAAGGGAUCACAGAGUUGGAGGAUAGGAAACAGAUGGAGGUGUGCACCAGCAAGUACAGUAGAGAAGAUGAGUGUGACAGAGGGGAAAAGUCUGGGAUCGACGUUGAAAGAGAAGAUGAAUGUGGGAUAUGCAUGGAGAUGAACCCUAAAUUUGUGUUGCCUGAUUGCAAUCACUCCAUGUGUCUCAAAUGUUUCAGGGACUGGCGUGAAAGGUCUCAGUCAUGCCCAUUCUGUCGGGACAGCCUGAAGAGGACGAAUUCUGGGGACCUUUGGAUAUUCACAGACAGCUCUGAAAUCGUAGACUUGCCUAGUAUUUUAAGGGAGAAUUGCAGGAGGCUUUUCAUGUACAUUGAUAAGUUGCCACUCAUUGUUCCAGAUCAUCUUUAUUCCAUGUGAUCGCCAUUGCCAGAUUAUGGGCCUCAUGGCACUUGGCUGGCGCCUAGGUACUCUUUUUGUAUAGCAAUGUCCUGUAUAUCAGUAAAUCUUUUCCUCUACCGGUAACAUGUCAACAAUGUAAAUAUUCUCCUGGCAAUAGAUAUGGUUGAGUGGUGAAUUUUCAACAAGGUGCUUUCAUUUUUCUACAGCAGCAGAAUGUUGAAAUACGAACAUUAGAAUGAACAAAUGAGACUGGCGAUGGUUUAAGAUUGAGAGAACGAGAUACUCCCUGCCUGCAAAUUCGGUCAUGAUUGAUCAUCGUCUCUAAAACGCACAUAAUCUGCAUAGCGGCGAGGUUGCUCCUCUUCCGCAUGAUUCACGUAGGCAUAACCGCCAUGGCUGGAGACAUCUAGCCCCGCAACUUCCUCUUCUAUUGAUAUCCUUAGAAUGUUGAGCUUGUGGAGUACAUAAAACAUAGGCCCCAUUGUUACACUAACCCAGCCAACGAUCGCCAACACUGCAACCACUUGGGAAGUGAUCAACUUCCAUCCUCCGCCCAAUAGAAGGCCGUAAGGUCGUGGAGCCAUGCCUGCAAGUCCUGAAUCAUAGACUUGAACAACGAACUCCUCUUUAGCAAACAGUCCAGUGAAUAUCAAACCCCAAGCUCCACAGCCGCCGUGAAGCUGGGUUGCCUCCAAUGGGUCGUCGUAUUGCAGCUUCAACGCCAAGAUGUUGAGGCCAAUUAGGACCCAAGCUGCACAGAAGCCGCACACAAUAGCAGCCCAGGGCUCCACAACUGCGCAACCUGAAGUGAUUGCUACAAAGCCUCCAAGCACACCAUUGCAUACAUCCAUUGUGUCCCAAUGACCUAUUAGCAGCCUACGUCCAAACAAGGUUACGAUUCCGGCUGUGGACCCUGCCAAUGUGGUUGUCACUGCUGUGCGGCCCACUGCAGUCCAGUUGCCCUGGCCAGCCGUGCUAGGAUAGGCUACGAGGAUCUUUGUGAAUGAGCCUGGAUUAAACCCGAACCACCCGAACCAUAACAAGAAAGUUCCUAGUACCACCAGAGUUGCAUUAUGGCCACGCAUUGGCACUGGUUUCCCGAAUGCAUCGAACCUUCCAACUCGAGGACCUUCGAUGAAAGCACCCCAGAAUCCAGCAAUAGCCCCCACCAAAUGCACCACCCCGCUACCAGCAAAGUCGAUAGCACCGGAUCCGAACAGCAAUUGGGUCGAGCUAGUACUCAACCAACCGCUCGAAGACCAAACCCAAUGAGCCACAAUGGGAUAAACGAACCCGGUUAGGAAAAAGGAGUAGACAAGGUAAGCACCAAACUGGGUUCUUUCAGCUAUGGAACCACUAGUGAUGCCUGCCACAGCAAUGGCAAAAGCCCACUGAUAAAGGAAGUAGGCAUAAUCGAAGUCCGGGUUGGGGACGUCUUUGAGAGCGAAAAAGGUAGUGCCGAUGAAAGGAUUGGCAUUGGAGCCUGUACCAAAUGCGAAAGCAAAGCCAAAGAGGUAGUAGGAAAUGCUACCUACGACGGCAUCAACAACAUUUGUGAGCAUAAUGUUGAGGGCGUUCUUGGCUCUCACUGAGCCGGCACACAGCAUGGCAAAACCAAGUUGCAUCAUGAACACCAGGUAAGCCGAGAAGAGAAGAUAAAUGGUGUUGAUGGCUUCUGUAACACUUUCUUCCCAUGAGACUUCCAUGGCGAUUGAUGGGAAAUGAGAGAUUGGAGAUGGGAGAAUGAGGAGUGGUUGCUGUAAAUGGGAAGAUAAAGAAGAUACCAACUCACAAGUUGAUACAAUCCUCCCUCCGUCCCCUACAGAUAUUGAAUUGUAGCUGGGGACUGAACCCCUCAAAUUGAUUUUUGUCCUCCAUGUAGGACCGUCAAGAAUUGUGACUAGCUGUGCAUUGUAAGUCAGUGGAUGAGAAGGGGACGGAUAGGCUUAAACGAUAGCAUUUUAGUGGACAAGUAGUAGUAGCUGAGGAUUUUAUUCAGAUGGGACUGGGAGUGGAAGGGAACGGUAGCUGCCUGGAAUUCGUUCUCCAGAUCCAAACAGGCAGAUGAUAUAUGCUAUUAACAUAGUAAGUUUUUCACUGUCUUGACGACUUUGUAAACUUAUCCAUCUCAAAUCAAUGGGAUAAACUAGAUUAAGAUGUCGAUUACGAACUAAAAUGACAUUAUUAUAAGAUGCUUUUGAUUCUAUAAUUGUCUCCACAGCAAAAGAGUUUUCGAUAACCAAAUAAGUUGACAUAAAAGUAUCGAUCCCUGGAAAUUGAUUCCAUCAGGGUUCUUUGCUGAGUUUCAUAAACUUCUACCUAUACAUAGAAAUGACAACAGUAGCAGUGGGGAUCAAGUUUAUACACAACUUGCGAGGAGUGUUGUACUUAAUAGGAUUCUACAUAGCUAUCUGAGUUCCCAACCGGUACCCGGCUAGUGAGGGAGGGUCUCAUGGUGACUAUGGCAGAUUCAUUAGCUCCAGCUCUGAGUGCAGCUCUCCCAGCUUCAAGGAACCUCCUGACAGCAUCUUCAGUAUAUUUUUUGGCUUGAGCCACCGUCAUGGUCUUGCCAAUAUCCGGGUAAGUGUUCAACACAUAAUCACCAUUCAGCUGGGAUGCAAGCUGGACUAGCUCCGUUUGGAACUCCGACAGUUUUGCAUCUGGGUUUGCUCCUACCGGUCUCAAAGCUUGCUUCACUUCAGGCAGUGUCUCUGUAUCGAGAAUGAUGCAUACAAUAGGAUUAGCUUCCAAACGGCCAAACCUGAAAGAGAACUCAUACAGACAUCCCAAACCCAAAAGCACCAUAGAAGCUAAGUGUAGUUGCAGGUCACUUUCAAGUUUCAACUCUCUAAUUGUUUAUGGAAAGAUUGAGAAGCACCUAACGGGAAAGGGAAGGAAACAAGGGACCCUCUAAUCUCUUUAGAUUUGGAUUGACAAAAAUGAAGCGUAUACAGCAACAUCCAAGAUUUCUUGCGAGAAGUUCCAACCUCAUUUUCUUAUAGCAACAAACAAAGAUGGAAGAGGAUAAUCGCAAACCUGGGCAGUCGUCACGGGGAGUUUUGCGAAGGUAAAAGUAGCUGUCAAAGGUACCAGCCCAAGCAUCCCUCUUGGUCAAGAAGUUGGAUUUCAGGUUGAAGAGCUUCUUUACCGUGGCGGGGACUGAAGAAUGCUCAAACUGGGAAGUCGGUGUUGGCCCAUCAGGCUCAUGGAUUACUGCACACCCAUGCCAUCAACCAGAACCAAACACCGUUUAUUAGAUAAGAAAAGCUUUGUACAGAUCAAACCACGCAAUCCAGAUAACGACAGCUCAACCUCUCAAACAGUUCCAUCACCGGCUCUCCCACUUCUACAUCUAUGAAAUUGGCGUAUUGCUUCCAGUACAAUCAAAGACAACAACUUUUUCUCGGAAAAGAGAAACUCCGGUACCCCUGUCAAUCCAGGGAGAAAUCAAGAAAGUCGGGACCCGAACACCCAAUCGGUCAAAACGGAAGUAAAAAGGGUCCGGCCCGACAAUCCCGUCGGGGCUGGGAACUCCAGUAACCGGCGUCGGGACGUGAUCGUAGAACCCGCCGUGCUCGUCGUAGGUAAUCAAGAAGGCCAUCUCCUUCCACUGCGGGCUGGCUCUCAGUAUCUCGUAAACCUCCUUCACGAACUUCUGCCCCUCCGCCACGUCGUGCGACGGGUGGUCGUCGUUGGCAAGGCCAAACGGCACGUCGUACCACCGCUGCUCCACCACGACGUAGUUGGGGAGCUUCCCUUCCGCCGCGUGGGACUUGAACUUGAGGGCGUAGUUGUGGAAUUUGAAGAUGUUCUUCAGCUUCCUGAGCGAGCUGAAGAAUAGUGUGGCGGGGAUACUUUGGUAAUAAAUCCCAAAACUGAGUCCGUUCUCGUCCAGCGAGUCGAAGAUCGUCUUCUGCGGGAACCCACGAAUCAGGUCCUUGCGGACGUUGCUGGUGGCGCCGUGCGAGGUCGCCGAGUGAACGUAGAACCGGUUCGGCUGAGUCGACGCCGGGACCGAGGCGAACCACCGGUCGAACACGGCGAACUCGUUCGCCAGCGUGGUGAAGACCGGGAUCCGGGUCGGGUGGAACCCGCUCAUCACCGUCCUGGCCAUCGUCUCGCUCAUAUUGGCGGCCUGCUGGACGAACCCGUUCAUCGGAGCGGGGCUCCGACGGGUAUCGUUCGACCCGAAGAUUUGUUCCCUGAUGGCCUGGAAAGAGUGGCCCGGGUCGGAGUCCACGAAGAUCGCGUCGUCGGAGACGAAGACUUCCGGGGAGUCGGGAUCCGUGGCGGAGAUCUUGUUGGACUCGGUCCCGGUGAGCCCGUCGAUGUCGGGUCGGGUUGACUUGAGCCAACCCAGGAUAUGGUCGAAGGAGCGAUUCUCCAUGACCAGAACAACGACUGUUUUGAUGGGUCCUCUGAUUUUGGACUUAUGCAGGUUAAACAAUCUCUCAUAGUCUCGAGACUGGGCGGAAACGGCCAAGAAGAGGAGGAACAGAGCGGUAAUCGGGAGCCGCCGGGAAGCCAUUAUCCGGCAGUCCUAGGGAAAGUGGGGAUGGUUAACGGCAGCACAAGGUUUCGAAUAUCUACGACAUGGAAGAGAAUCGGUGAAAAAAAAGGAGACCGAUUUAACGACGGCAACGGCCAAAGAAAAGGGUAUAUGCUCUGUGGAAGAGAAUCAAGC